GCAGCUGUGUUGAAGAUGAUGUUGAUACUGAACUGUCCUGUGGUCUUGAGACUCCUUAGUCUUUGUGUUUUCCCUUUCUCUGCUGGCAUUGUGACAUUCUCUAAGCCAGUCAUUACCCAACCCCUACCAGUGUCAUAACCUUUGAUACUAGUGGCUCUGCCUUCAAAACUUCCCACUGAAAGUUUGUGUGUAUGCAGUAUUAACUCUAACUCUUUCCUAGGGCUUUUUUGGCUUCUCAUUCCUCCUAUCCCUUCCAGCCUCCUAGAAUAACUUUGCUACCCCACAGCAGUGGUGGUAAUUUUCCAACCAGUAACUCACUUUCAGGGAAUCCCAGACCUCUGUGGGACGCCCUGGAGGGAUUUCUCAGGUACUGAAGUGUUCUGGCUGAGCAGUAGGUUACGAACAUCUCCUUGUUGAUGGGUAAAGCUUAUAGGUGUUGGGGCUCCCAGAUCUGGUUUGGAAGUGAGGUUGCAGCCUGGGCUGCGGGAGAGGGAAGUGCAGAGGUAGGUAACGCGGGGAAAUGCUGAGGGCAGUGGUUAUUCUGGGGCCAUGAGGAUUGGAGGGUACCCUAAUGUGACACCCAGCCUUGUGCAGGGGAGUCGGAGCCUCCAAAUGCAUUGAGCUCAGUCUCCUGGUGGUUUCGGACAGUGGAGGUGGGAGGGCCGGAGAGGAGGGUACAGAGGUCCUCUGAGCCCAUGGAGCCUAUUCUCAGGAUUGUGGCAAUUGGAGGAUUGGCCGUGGAGUUGGAAGUUAAUUUGUAUGUUUCCAGAGGGGUGGGUAUGGGCUGAUGCGUCCUUUCUCCCCAGGGAUUUCUGGCCAGCAGCCUGAAAUCAUAGGACUUUGUUCCGUGUGCCCUGUGAGGGAAGGAAGGAGGUCUUCCCACUUUGAACCUAGUCCUGGACACUCCACACGCUUCCCUUCAGAGAACUGGGUGGAGGGACGAGGCUGGUCCAGGGAGGAGGAGGAAUCUGGGGGCUAAAGCUGGCCACUGGGACUCUAUAUCUGGAGCCUAGUAACCAGCUUAGCUCCUCACAUGGCAGGAAGAUUAGGAGUGCAGGGUUUUAGGACUCCUCUUUUCCUUGAUGGACGACAGCAGCUGGAGGGAAGUGUUCUGAGGGGCUUUGGAGCUAGAGACUGAUGCCCAGGUUUGCUCUGAAGGGCAUGAGUCACCCAGGGCCACCGGGGGAAUUAAUGGAAAGCCUCCUUUGCCAAGUGAUUUUAUUUAAACCCAUGGUCCUCCAACUGGGACCUGGACUCCCAGGGGAUGAGAGGAAUGUUCUGAGCAAGUUCUGGAGAAGGAUGCUGGGGUCCUCUGGGGUGUAUCAUGCUCAGGUGCCUUUUUCAUCCCCUACCUCAUCUUCCUCUUUACCUGUGGCAUUCCUGUCUUCCUCUUGGAGACAGCACUGGGCCAGUACACUAGCCAGGGAGGCAUCACAGCCUGGAGGAAGAUUUGCCCCAUCUUUGAGGUUUUCUCCUCCAGGCAUCGGCUAUGCCUCCCAGAUGAUUGUCAUCCUCCUCAACAUCUACUACAUCAUUGUCCUGGCCUGGGCCCUCUUCUACCUCUUUAGCAGCUUCACCAUCGACCUUCCCUGGGGAAGCUGCCACCAUGAGUGGAACACAGAAUCCUGUGUAGAGUUCCAGAGGACCAAUGGCUCCCUGAAUGUGACCUCUGAGAAUGCCACGUCUCCUGUCAUCGAGUUCUGGGAGAGGCGGGUCCUGAAGAUCUCCGAUGGCAUCCAACACCUGGGGGCCCUGCGUUGGGAGCUGGCCUUAUGCCUCCUGCUCGCCUGGGUCAUCUGCUACUUCUGCAUCUGGAAGGGGGUCAAGUCCACGGGCAAGGUGGUGUACUUCACAGCCACAUUCCCUUACCUCAUGCUGGUGGUCCUGUUAAUUCGAGGGGUGACGCUGCCUGGGGCAGCCCAAGGAAUUCAGUUUUACCUGUACCCAAACCUCACGCGUCUGUGGGAUCCCCAGGUAUGGAUGGACGCAGGCACCCAGAUUUUCUUCUCCUUCGCCAUCUGUCUAGGGUGCCUGACAGCCCUGGGCAGCUACAACAAGUACCACAACAACUGCUACAGGGACUGCAUCGCCCUCUGCUUCCUCAACAGCGGCACCAGCUUUGUGGCCGGAUUUGCCAUCUUCUCUGUCCUGGGCUUCAUGUCUCAGGAGCAAGGGGUGCCCAUCUCUGAGGUGGCCGAGUCUGGCCCUGGCCUGGCUUUCAUCGCCUACCCCCGGGCUGUGGCGAUGCUGCCCUUCUCUCCUCUCUGGGCUUGCUGCUUCUUCUUCAUGGUCGUCCUCCUGGGACUGGACAGCCAGUUUGUGUGUGUAGAAAGCCUGGUGACGGCGCUGGUGGACAUGUACCCCCGUGUAUUCCGCAAGAAGAACCGGAGGGAGCUUCUCAUUCUCAGCGUGUCUGUCGUCUCCUUCUUUGUUGGGCUGGUCAUGCUCACAGAGGGCGGUAUGUACGUGUUUCAGCUCUUUGACUACUACGCAGCCAGUGGCAUGUGUCUCCUGUUUGUGGCCAUCUUUGAGUCCCUCUGCGUGGCUUGGGUCUAUGGAGCCGGGCGCUUCUACGACAACAUUGAAGAUAUGAUUGGGUACAGGCCAUGGCCUCUUAUCAAAUAUUGUUGGCUUUUCCUCACACCAGCCGUAUGCACAGCCACCUUCCUCUUCUCCCUGAUCAAGUACACGCCGCUGACCUACAACAAGAAGUACACAUACCCGUGGUGGGGUGACGCCCUGGGCUGGCUCCUGGCUCUGUCCUCCAUGGUCUGCAUUCCUGCCUGGGGCUUCUACAAGCUCAGCACCAUCAAGGGCUCCUUCAGAGAGAGAAUUCGCCAGCUCCUGUGCCCAGCUGAGGACCUGCCUGGAUGGAACCGAGCAGAACCCUCUGCCCCCGCCACACCCAGGACAUCACUGCUCAUACUCACAGAAGUGGAGUCCCACUGCUAGGUCCGCAGGGCCUCGGAUCGUGCCCGUGGGCCUGGCUGUGGGGACAGCUGCAGAAGGGGAGGGCAGAAGCAGCCCCGCUGUGCUUCUCUGCCUCCUCCCGGGGCAGAUGAGAAGGAGGGUUUGGAAUCCACCUUGGGUUGGGCACCUGCCACUGGAACGUCUCUGCUCCAGGGGUGGCUGUACAGGUGUGAGAUGCUGGUAUCGAGGGCACCCCUUUCGCAACAGGCCUUGGGAAGUCGGAUGAGGGCCGGUGGGUGGAGUGACAGCCCUGUCCCUCUUACCCUUCAUUCCAUUAAAUCCAUGCUCUUCCCACCGAC